UUUAAAAUACAUUUCUAUUUCUUCUUACUUUUAUCAGAGACGGAUGAAUGUGCUUCUAACCCGUGUGUUAACAACGGUACAUGUGUAGAUCUCUUAAAUGACUAUAAUUGUACCUGUGUACCUGGAUAUGAAGACAGGAACUGCCAGAACGUGACCGUAUCAUCUACCGGUACUCCAGCUUCUAACACUCCAACGGCAUCGGUUUCUUCACCAUCAUCAACCCCCUCAUCGACAGAACCUGUGACCGUACCAUCUACCGGUACUCCAGCUUCUAACACUCCAACGGGAUUGAUGUCUUCACCAUCAUCAACCCCCUCAUCGACAGAACCUGUGACCGUACCAUCUACCGGUACUUCAGCUUCUAACCCUCAAACAGAAUCGAUGUCUACAUCAUCAUUAUCCUCAACCCCCUCACCGACAGGAUCUGUGACCGUACCAUCUACCGGUACUUCAGCUUCUAACCCUCAAACAGAAUCGAUGUCUACAUCAUCAUUAUCCUCAACCCCCUCACCGACAGGAUCUGCGAUAGAAUGUACAGUGCCAAUGGAUGUAGCUGACUCGACCUGUGAUAAACCAGGGACAAACUGUAGCUUCAAAUGCAGUGAAACCGGUGACAGUGUUCGUACGGUCACGUGUAACGCUACAGGAUCAUGGAAAAAGGGACUCCCUAACUGUGGAAAAUGA